AGCAGUCCAAAAGAGCUUUACAGGACAGGCGGGAGUGCGCAGCGACGCGAACGCGCAUGCACUCACCCACAGAGACCCACUGCGAUUGGAAGCGCGAGGCGGUCAGAUCGUGUGUUUUGUGUUGCUGGCGCGCAGUAUCUUUUCACGCAAGUGCCAAGGACUGCAAGGGAAAAGUUUAUUUCAAAGACUCACCAACUAACGGGCAUGAUCGCUCCCAGAUUCCCCUGAACGCCAGCCGUGCGGACACAGCAAGAGAGAGAUGUGGAUCCACUUACAGUCUGUCUUCUGAAUAACGCACGGACAGAUUGAGCCAUGACGGAACGGGAUGGCCGUUGUGAUUUGUCCAUCGCCCCGGGGCAGGUAUAUAUCGAGGUGGAGUUCGAUUAUGAGUACAAGGCGAAAGACAAACUCAUCUCCAUACGGCAGGGCGAAUGCUACCAGUUGGUUCGUAAAACCAACGAGGACUGGUGGCAAGUUCGGCGGGAGGAGGGCACCAAGGCUUUUUAUGUCCCCGCUCAGUACGUCCGAGAGGUCCGACGUGCCCUUAUGCCACCGCCCAAACCUCGCGCAAAGCCCCCCAACGUCCUUGAAAUCAGCCAGUGCCGAUCGUCGAAUGAAAAUCUCAACCAACGCGCUCCUACGGAAAGGUCCAGCUUUGGCAGGCCACCUCCUUCAACGACACCUUCCCCAUUGCCAGGGCAACUGACCCCGCCUUUGUUGAUGCGGGACACCAAUCAGAACCCGGGGAUGAAGAGCGUUGUUGCCGAGCUGACUCUGCUCAACAACAACAACCAUCAUAACUAUCACCAUGGCAACCCCACACUUCCACGAGGGCGGGCGGAAUCCCCUCCACGAGAGCAUGGUUGCCAGGGGAAACUCCCAGGUGUGUUGACGGUGGACACGGAAGGGAGCGUGUCACCAGGAAAUGGGUUGGAGAAAAUGAGAAAUGACUCUGAAUCUGGAGAUGAGCUCAGCAGCAGCUCUACCGAACACAUGCAGAAGGACCUCACUUUCUCAGCGGGGGCCGGUUUUGGCCCCAGAUCCACAGGAGACAUGUUCUCCUACCUUCGAUCUCCACACUACCUGGGUAUAUCUCCCACCGGACAGGGUCGACCCGAGUCCCCCGUGUACACAAACCUCCAGGAGUUGAAGAUCUCUCAGUCAUCUCUCCCACCUGUUCCCGCUUCCUCCCCUCUACACAUCCUGGGCGACUGGGAAACGCACAAAGAUUCGAGUGGAAGAAGCUUCUACUACAACCGCACGACUCAAGAGAGGACCUGGAAACCACCCCGCUCACGAGACAACGGGGUCAGUCGCGGGGACACGUCCAACACUGGAGACAUGGAGCAUUUGUCCUCUGAGGAGAACUGUCCCAGUACACACUCCAGUCAGUCAGACAGUCAGUACGGGUCACCCCCUAGAGGCUGGUCUGAGGAACUGGAUGAACAUGGCCACACACUCUAUGUGUCUGAAUACAACAAUGAAAAGUGGAUUAAGCAUGUGGAUGAACAAGGACGGCCGUAUUACUAUAGUGCCGAUGGAUCCCGUUCAGAAUGGGAGUUACCAAAAUAUAAUCUCUCUCCCCCAAUCUCUGAAGAAGCUCCUAAGAGUCACAGUUUGGAAAGGAAGCCGCAGGAGCCCAUUGUGCUGACCAAGUGGAGACACAGCACAUAUGUGCUGGACAUCACUGAUAAGCUGCCAUUCAAAAACAGAUGGUUCAGUGUGAACCGCCUCACCGGGGGCUUCGGUCUGUCACUGUACAGAGAAGAGUCUGUAAAUGCCAAACACAACUCUCCUGAAUCAGACUCCUGCCCCUCUUCACCAAAACACCCCUCGACCCCAUCAGAAAAGUGUGGUGUUCUCAAUGUCACCAAGAUUACUGAACAUGGCAAGAAAGUCAGGAAGAAUUGGGCCUCCACAUGGACUGUCCUGCAGGGAUCCUCUUUACUCUUUGCAAAGGGUCAGGGCAGCGCCACCAGCUGGUCGUACUGCCGCAAUGGUUCCUUUCCUGAACUCCUCCUUUCAUUGCUAAGUAGCUGGAAGCGUUCGAUUAAGCCCCGGCCUGCUGUGUCCUAUACGCACUGUAGACGCGGCCGGGCUCCUUCUUUUGGAGGCAACCAGUCCAAACCGGAAUUCACAGUGGACCUCCGAGGAGGUUCGGUCGAGUGGGCAUCCAAAGAAAAGUCCAGCAAGAAGCAUGUAAUUGAGCUGAAGACACGAGUGGGCACAGAGCUGCUGAUUCAGUCUGAGAUUGACAGUGUUAUUAAUGACUGGUUCAGAGCGCUUUCUGAAACCAUCAACACACAUGCGUGGGAGUCUGAUGAAGCCAUUGAAGAGGACAUGCCCGAGUCUCCUGGAACUGAGAAACACGACAAAGAGAAAGACCCCAGAGACUCAAAGAAAAACAGAGUAGUGAAGAACCCCAGCAUGGAGUCGUCUGAACAGAAGAAGACCAGAGUGAAGCUGAAGAAGUUUCUCACACGGAGACCAACCUUACAGGCUGUCAGGGACAAGGGCUACAUAAAAGAUCAAGUGUUUGGCUGCAGUUUGACUGCCUUGUGUCAGAGAGAAGGCACUUCUGUGCCUAAUUUUGUCAAGACGUCCAUUGAGCAUGUGGAGAAUACAGGCUUAAAUGUUGAUGGCUUGUACAGAGUCAGUGGAAAUCUGGCCGUCAUACAGAAAUUGCGCUUUGCCGUCAAUCAUGAUGAAAAGGUGAAUCUGGAAGACAGUAAAUGGGAGGAUAUCCACGUGACUACAGGUGCUCUGAAGAUGUUUUUCCGGGAGCUUCCAGAGCCUCUGUUCACCUACACAUCCUUUAAUGACUUUGUCGAAGCCAUUAAAAACUCAGAUUACAAGCAGCGAGUCCAAUCCAUAAAAGACUUGAUCAAACAGUUGCCAAAACCCAAUCAGGAAACAAUGAAAGCGUUAUUUGAACACCUAAAAAGAGUGAUAGAUCACGGCGAGGUGAACAGGAUGACGACCCAGAGCGUGGCUAUCGUGUUCGGCCCAACCCUGCUGAGGCCGGAGAUUGAGACGGGCAAUAUGGCGGUUCAUAUGGUCUAUCAAAACCAGAUUGUAGAACUCAUCCUUCUGGAGUAUGAGAACAUUUUUGGGAGGUAGAACAUCUCUAAGUGACACCACCUGAGAAUCAAUCCAGAGAACACAACGCCAGAAGUUUAACAUCUCAUAUCCAUCGCACAAACACGCACCACUGCUGUGGACCAAGCCUAAAAGUGUAUAUAAACAAACAUGAGUGGAUUUACUGUGACUUAUGACUGGAUAUAAGCAAAGAAAAUGAAUACAGGAAGGUUAUUUAUGCACUUAAUGUUUUUUUUAUUUUUUUUAUUUUGAGGAUAUACAAAAUUUUCUCUUUUUUUCCAUUUGGAUCGUCAUUCCUUGGCUUAGAAUAAGCUGGAUGAACUUUUGGACAAUUAUGGAUGGUCAUUAGUUUCCUUUAUGCACUCUUUUUUGGGGGGAAAUUUGAAUAUUUCCCUAAGUUGGGAACUGGAAUGGACUUUAUCUUAGCCAGUAUUGACGCCUAGAAUGAAAACUGACUGAGCAGACACUUUCAAGUCUCAUCAGAUUGAGUUUUUUUUUUGCUGUGAAAUGUUUAAAAGUAAAACUGAUUUUGGGGUUUCAUUCAUUGAGACACGUGUCUGACUUGUAUCUGGGCUUUCUUUGACUCAGAGUUUUUGUUUUCUUCAUUUUUUUCCUGUGGAAUAAGCUGAAAGUGCACUGUAUUAGUAGACAGUAUUAUUUGACAAUGACUACUGACCGACGGAUAAUGGGGAUCGAUUAAAAUGGACAAUGAUUAAUAAUCAGUAUUAGGACAGGAAUCCUGUUUCAAAUGGGAAAGGCUCUGAGAAAAAUCUCUUUUUUUUUCCCAGAGUGUUUUCUCCAUAUCCACCCAUGUUUGCCCUCCAUCUGCACUUGCCUAAAGUUUACCGGAAAGGCCAUGCGCCUCUUGCUUCAGGACGUCACGCUACUGGAUAACAGACAUGCUCAUCACACUUGUGUCUUUUGUGUUAUCCAACAGAGAAACUCCUUUUUAAUUCAGUGGCCCUCCCUUUAAUGAAAUAUCAGGUCUUUCACGUGCUUGAGGUCAAACCUGUGUUGUUUCCUUGGAAUAAAUGGACUGUGUUGUGCCGAAUUGUGUAACAGUAUGCAGGAGAAACAGGUUGUUUUCCAGAUGUGAACCUGAUAUAUGUUGUGUAGUUCAAAAGCAAGACCUCUCAAAAACAGUCAGAGAGCUCGUCUCUCGCCCUCGUAUCUCUCGGGCUUACUGGAAAAAGAAAGGUGAGAUGCUUAUAUCGGCAUUUAGGCCUUACACAGUUUCAAAUCAAUACCGAAAAAUAUUCAUCUCCGGUUUCCUGCUCUGCCCCUGGAUGGAAAGCUGCUUGAUAACAAAUUGACAGGAUGGUACUGGAAAUAGUACUGCAGUUAGUGUUAACGGAAGGUACGCAUGGUAAACGCCGCCUUUGUCUUGUUUUUAACCAAAUUCAGAAAGUAUAUGUACAUACUACUUCAACAAGAACUUGAACCCUGUUGUACAAACAAAGAAAAAUACCAAUAAUAGUUGAAGUGUAAUGGCUUGAAGUUGUGUGUCAAUAACAAGUGAAAAGAUCUAAUAUUGUUGAUGUAUGGAAAAAAGAAAUGAGUGCUGGGUAGGGCGAGGGAGGGGUGAUGUCAUCACGCAUUGUGAACUGCACAUUUUGAAUGUAAUUUUCAGACUAACUGCUAUUUCUGAAAUUGAUGUCUAAUCCUAAUUAAAAAAGACAAAAACUCAUGGAUAAUAUUAAAGUGAUAAUGCCUGA